AUGCGAUUGCGAACGCCUAUUCGCCAUUUUCAGAUCCAUCACUUCUGUUUGUAACUGAAAAAACAAAACCCAAUUUGAAACCCUAACAAAGAACCAGGGAACACCGAAGGAAGAAUCUCGGGAACCAUGGACAGAGACUGGGGCUCCAAACCCGGUUCUGGAGGUGCUGCCUCCGCCCAAACUGAAGCCAUGGACCGCCGCGAGCGGCUCCGUCGGCUUGCUCUUGAAACCAUCGAUCUCGCCAAAGAUCCCUAUUUCAUGCGCAACCACCUCGGCAGUUAUGAGUGUAAGCUUUGUCUGACGCUACACAACAAUGAAGGGAACUAUUUGGCACAUACGCAAGGGAAGCGGCACCAGACCAACUUAGCAAAGAGAGCGGCGCGUGAGGCUAAGGAGGCUCCGGCUCAGCCUCAGCCUCACAAGCGUAAAGUUUCUGUUCGUAAAACAGUCAAAAUUGGUAGGCCAGGAUAUCGUGUGACAAAGCAAUAUGAUCCGGAGACCAAGCAGAGAUCUCUUCUCUUCCAGAUUGAAUAUCCUGAAAUAGAAGACAAUACAAAGCCAAGGCACCGUGUUAUGUCGUCUUAUGAGCAGAGAGUGCAACCAUUUGAUAGGAGAUAUCAGUAUCUCCUUUUUGCUGCAGAACCCUAUGAGAUCAUAGCUUUCAAGGUCCCAAGCACUGAGAUCGAUAAAUCCACUCCUAAGUUCUUCUCGCAUUGGGAUCCUGACUCGAAAAUGUUCACAUUGCAGGUAUAUUUUAAAACCAAGCCACUAGAGGUGAACAAACCUCCACCUCCUCCUGCAGUCAAUGGUACUGCAGCCCCAGGUGCUCCUCCAAGGCCUUUGCCUCCACCACCUCAUGCUCCAGCACCGCCACCUCCUCCUCCACCUCAAGGGCUGCCAAACCCUCCUAGGGGCCCUCCACCUCCAGCUCCUGGUUCAUUACCGCCGCCGCCGCCUCCUAUGGGAAAUGGUCCUAGGCCUAUGCCUCCUGGUGGCAACCCUAUAGCCCCACCACCACCUCCUGGGGGUAGCGGGACAAUGGGAAAUUUCACUCCUAGGCCUCCAACCAACCCUCCUCCACAAGGUUUCCCUGGUCAUCAGAUGCAGGGACAGGGUAUGCACCCGCCGCCUCCGCCUCCUAACAUGGGACAGUAGUUCACCUGGCUUCCAGUGUGCUGAUAUGUCAUGUUUGAAUCAUUUUUGGUCAGAUUAAACUGGUAAUUGGAUUUAUUAUUACUUGAGCAAAAAAACCUACUUAAGAUGUAUGUAUGUUUGAGUUUGUGGUACUCGGUUUUAAAUGUUAGCAACAACAGUAUAAUUUGCUUAAACAAAGGCCUUAAUGUUUGAAA